AUGUUCAUUGGGGCGCUAGUGAGCGGCUUCCACCGGAGGGGGACGCCGGCCGGUGUGCGAGGAAACAUCAAACUGAAAGCGAACCUCUCAGUCGGAGCAAAAGUACGACAACUGAGAUCCUUCCUUCUGAGGUAUGACUCCCGGACAACUAUAUUUUCCCCUGAAGGUCGCCUGUACCAGGUGGAAUAUGCAAUGGAAGCGAUUGGCCACGCCGGAACAUGUCUGGGAAUCCUUGCUAAUGAUGGAGUGCUGUUAGCAGCAGAGAGACGCAACAUCCACAAACUGCUCGAUGAAGUUUUCUUCUCCGAGAAGAUCUACAAGCUAAACGAAUAUUUGUUACAGUACCAGGAGCCGAUCCCGUGUGAGCAGCUGGUCACAGCUCUCUGUAAGAGACCGUUUGGUGUGUCUCUGCUCUACAUGGGCUGGGAUAAGCACUACGGCUUCCAGCUGUACCAGAGCGACCCCAGCGGGAACUACGGAGGCUGGAAGGCAACCUGCAUCGGAAACAACAGCGCUGCUGCCGUGUCCAUGCUGAAGCAGGACUUCAAAGAGGGCGAGAUGAGUCUGUCCUCGGCUCUGGCUUUGGCCGUCAAAGUCCUCAACAAAACGAUGGAUGUGAGCAAGCUCUCAGCAGAGAAGGUGGAGAUUGCCACUCUGACGCGGGAAGAUGGAAAAACGAAAAUCAAGGUGCUGAAGCAGAAGGAGGUGGAGGAACUCAUCAAGCGGCACGAGGCCGAAGAGGCCAAAGCCGAGAAGGACAAAAAGGAGAAGGAGCAGAAGGAGAAGGACAAAUAAGACAAAUAUUUUCCCACUCCUCCUCGAGUCAUUAAAUCCUGUUUUGUUUUGCCUUUUACAAUAAACACUUAGAAACCUGCUGACGUGUGUGAUUAGUAGACUUGUGAAAACUGUCAUAGUUGAGUAUUCAGCUUUGAAAAAACUUUUCU